GAUGUGUCAUUCUCAUCCAGACCACAGAGAGGCAGUAAAGAGCCACUGCACAAUGUGCACAUGAAGUUUGGAAAAGCAAAAACCCCAAAAAAGUCGGAGAAAAAAUUUGUAAAAGAAUUGUUCCAUUUAAAAGUGUUCACAUUUUUUUUUUUUUUUUUUAAAUAAACAGUCCUUAAAUAUAAUACAUGGGCUAAUAUUUUCGUUGACGUGUUAACAAAACUUGCUGUCUCUUAUAAGUAGCUUAUCAACAGAGUAAAGCAGUGACGAGUGAUCUAUGGAUUUCCCAAAGCUGCCCCCUCACUCUGGGUCUGUUUUAUCAGUAGUGGACAUGCACACAGGUGGAGAGCCGCUGCGCAUUAUCCUGAGCGGGUAUCCAGAGGUGAAGGGGGACACCAUCCUUGCCAAAAGACGUUAUGUGCGAGAGCAUCUCGAUCAUCUUCGCAAGGUCUUAAUGUUUGAGCCCCGUGGUCACUAUGAUAUGUACGGAGCCCUUCUGGUCAGAAGUGAGUUAGCAGAGGCUGAUCUCGGCGUCUUGUUCAUGCACAAUGAAGGGUAUAGCACCAUGUGCGGCCACGCUGUCAUUGCGCUCGGGCGCUUUGCGGUGGAUUAUGGUUUGAUUAAAGCGCCUACUUCACCAGAGACGCAAAUAAACAUACACUGCCCAUGCGGCUUAGUGAAGGCCUUUACACAAUAUUCCGAUGGGAAAACCGGAGCUGUCAGAUUCCUCAGUGUGCCAGCCUUUGCUUUCGCUACAGAUGUGAGUGUCUCUGUUCCAGGAUAUGGGUCCAUCACUGUGGACAUUAGUUAUGGUGGAGCUCUUUAUGCUUUUGUGAGUGCUGAGAAGUUUGGAUUGGAUGUCAGUAAGUCCAAAACUAGAGAUUUGGUGGAUGCAGCCACUGCUGUGAGCGAUGCUGUCAAAUCCCAGGUAAAGCUGUACCAUCCAGUCAGUGAGGAUCUGGCCUUCCUCUAUGGGACAAUCCUUACUGACGGCAAAGAUGCUUAUUCUGAAGAGCCCACAGCCAAUGUGUGUGUGUUUGCGGACGCACAGGUGGAUAGAAGCCCUACAGGGUCUGGCGUUACUGCUCGUAUAGCUCUUCAGUACCAUAAAGGCCUGAUCGGACUAAACCAGACCAGAAGCUUCCAGAGCGGAGCUACAGGAUCAGUAUUUACAGGAACAGCAAAAGAGGAGACCAUGUGUGGGGACUUCAAGGCUGUGGUAGUGGAGGUCAAAGGUCAUGCUCACUACAGCGGUGUGGCCAGCUUUACCCAGGAGAGCGACGACCCCCUCAGUGGAGGCUUCCUUCUGCGCUGACUUAGAGGAUGUAAAGGUUAAAACAUCUAUUUCUGCCUGAUUGCAGGUACGGCUUCUGAGCUUGGGAGCACAGCAGUCUUCUGAUGUAGAUUCUUUGUAAAGGAAAUCAUUAAAUGCUGAAUAAAUGUUGUACUCUAUGACUGUUACGUGUCACAGGACUAGUUUUGUAAACCUUUAAGACUCUUUUUAAUUUAAUGUACUGAUUACUUUUUGAAAUUUCCUAAACAUUUUAUAAUGAUAAAAGUGUAUAAAUGAAUCAGUUCUGGUUUAAAUAAUAUUUUUUGUCAUUGUUUGAAUUGUGAAUAAUGGCCACCAGGAGGCAUCAUCUGACUACAUUUGAUCCAGCAAAAACUAAAUGAACAGUGUGGUGACAAUGUUUUUACUAAACAGUAUUGUUUCUGUUUUUUGUUUAUUAUAAAACCCUAUUUUUUAUCCCAGUCAAAUGUUACUUCAAAUGAUAGCAUAGAGCAGUAAAUACUUUUCAGAUUCUUCCAUUUAUUCUCUUAUGAUUCAUCUUACAAUGGAAGGCUGAGUUUUCCUUAAAUUAUAAAAGUCCAAUGGAGGUAUCUUGCACUGAAAAAGGAAACUUUGUCAUACAACUAGGCUGCUGAUGAAAAACCAGGAGAGACUCCAGUCAGGAAGGAAGAACGUAAAGGAAGAAGAGUAUUGCCUUGAUCCAGUUACUUACGGAUCAUUUUAAAUAUGACUACAUUUCACAGAGAGACCAACACUUGACAUCAGAAACUGCAUAGUGUCUGUACAACGACCGUCCACAGUGUUUAAGACGCAACAUGGGCACCAGAGGCCCCUAAAAACACACCUUUAAAAAAAUCAUUCCCAGUCAGCCUGUACUGGAUAUCACAAUGCAGUCAUCUUUCUGAAAUAAGCAACCCCCAGCCCUAGUUAUCGAUGUCAGUAAUAUUCCUAUAUGUAUUAAAAAAAAAAAAAAAAUCACCUUUA